AUUUAGGCAAUGUCCUGUUUGUGAUUAUAAGAGGAACAUCAGACGAUCAAAGGACGUAUGUUCUACCUUGGAGAGAUAAAACGCAUAUAACAGAUAUGGAAAUUCGAAAGCUAAAAUAUUUAGACAAGUUUCGGAUAUUUUGUUUUAUCAGACAUGCUAUCUAUACAACGAUUUCUAUCAGGAUGAAUCAAUAUCCAAAUGAAAUCGGUUCGGCAUCUGCAAGAUCUCAGAUUCUUCGCAAAUUCCGAAGAUUUACACAGACCAUGCUACUAGAAAUGAUUUAUAAAUCAAACAACCAAACUAUGCCUAAGAAUCCAUAUAAAGAUUCUCCUCCAGGAUGGUAUGAGUACGAACCAAAAAUUGAGUUUGGAAAUAUUUCAAACUUAAAAUCGGGCGAGGAAAACAUUUUCAACAAAAUGGUAUUUCUCCUACAGAACAAGAGUCAAAAACCCUUACCAAGUGAUUGGGAGGAAUUGUUAAAAAACUAUAACAAUUUGAAUGAAAAACGAGAGCAAAAAGAGAGCAAAAAAGCAUUAGAGAUUUGGAUGCUUCAGGCGAAACUUAUUCCCCUGCUACAAGAAUAUUCCAAGGAAGUAGAUGUCCCCUCGGAAGAGAUAAUGAAACAUUGCUCUGAUAUUUUACUGAAAUCAACCUAUGUUGAUCAGUUUUUGGAUUAUUUGAAGUCAAACAAAUGGAAUGUCAAUGCCGGGCAGCAAUGCCAAUUUAAGCAAGCAGAUGAGGAAUCAAAUGAUGAAAUGCUUUCCUGUACAACAUCACAGGAUAAAGAAAGUCUUGAACCAGGAGCUAAAAAAUCAGAAUGUACCAGGGCUUCAAAUCACCGAUAUGGUGAGAAUCAAAGUAUGGAAAUUCUGCAUUCUUCGCAGAAUUUGGAAUUAUGUCAAGAGCAAAGUAAGAAACAAUCUAACGGAGAUAAACUCAACUGCAUGGAAAACAUUGACUAUAAAUCAUCUGAUGACCAACGGAUACAAACACACCCAAAAGAAAUUGACCUGAGUACUUUUUCAUCUUUUUCAUCUGAAAUCCCUUUCCUUUCAUCAGAUUGUGACCCUUUGCAGCAAAUCUCUUCAAAGUAUAAUUUGGGGAUUGAUCCAGUGUCGUCAGAAGUAAAUCCAUCUUUAGAGAAUAUGGAUACUUCUUGUGAUGACGACCAGGACAAAAUUUCGAACUUCGAUACCCUCAGUGAAAAAGAUUAUGAUGAACUUGCCAUAGAUAUUUUUGAGCCGGAUAGUCUUCAAAAAUACUUGAAAGAACUUGAAAACAAUCAUCCAUCGCCUAGAAUGGUUACAUUGUGUAACGACAUACUGAAGAAAGAUCAUGGACAUAUUGAUUCUCACAAAGAUUUUUUCUGAGAUUGUAAAGAUGACUUUCAUCAUUAACUUUAUUUUUAUUUUUUAUUGAAUAGAAUAGUGUUUAUGUAUGAAUACAAUUGUAUUUACUAAGAUGUACAAGAUUUUGAUUUUCUAUGCUGAUUGAUUUCUUUUAUCUUUGAAAAAUAUUUUGUGAUUAAUAAUAAUGCUUGACAUUUUAACAUUUUUUUUUUACUUUCUAAAUUUUUCACUGUUUUUGUUUUCAUUAACAAAGUUUACUUAGAAAUGUUAUGAAGUCCUUUUUUUAUCUACAUUAUGAAUGUUCUGCAUUUAACUUGUAAUAACACUAUACCUGAAAAUAAACGCAGACUUUUUGAUAGCUUUUUUCAAAUAUAUAUCAUCAUUAUCUUUUGUUAAUGGCAUGUAAUUAAAAUUGAUUGUAUAUCGCUUAACGACCCUCUCGAGAAAUCUUCACUCAUAUGGAGACGCCAGCACUUGCCGCUCAAGAGCUGCAAAAACUCCUAUACUGGGCACUUAGGGCCUUUGAGUAGUGAGGGAUCUUUUUUUACCGGCACCUACUGCGACACAGGGCCUCAGUUUAUCCGGUCUCUUCUGAAGGACUUGUGUCCACGUCCCACAGCGGUAUUUGAAACUGCGACGUAAGGAUCAACUCCUAACUUUUCAACUCUAGAUCAGACGAUCUAACCACUGGGCCUCACGGGCGACUUAUUAAAUGUGAAGAUGACGAUCAGUACAUGUUAUCACGCCAAAACAUUAUAAUUAACAGUAUAAGAUGUGAGAAAAGCAUACAAGGAUCUCUGAAAGCAUAAGUGGGUAAGAUUUUCUGCAGGAUUGAGCAUUAACUGUUGGCCGGUCAUACUUUCUGUUUUUAGACUGCUGAACAUUUUAGUCUUCAACGAUUACUUAUUGUCACUGAGCAGCAAAUUUUGUUCUUUUUAUAUCAAUCCGUGGAGUAUUUGUGUGAAGAAAUAUCUGUUUUCAAUUUCAAUUUUUUAAUUAGCUAGAAAAUGACUAAUGACAAAGCAUGGACAAUUCUUCAAUUUUUCAAAGAAGCUGUUGUCUAUGUUGAUAAAAAGCUUUAUCUUUUAGAAGGUUUGAUGGUGUGCUUUCGAGGAGAUUUUGGUCUCGAUCUAUUGUCUAAAAAAUUAGCACACUAUUUUGUUUCUACAUAUAUAAACAGAUUCUACAAUGUCAUUUGAACUGUAUUAAAAUUUUGCACAAAAAAUAAAAUCUAGUUACAUAAUGUAGGAAGGAAAUAUAAGGAAACUCAAUAAAAGAAAAAAAACAUAUUUCUUUUUUAAAGUAUGCACAAUACUGUUAAAUGUUGAUUCCUAGAUUUUCAUGCAUAAAUAUAUAUAGAAUUUUUUGUGCAAGGAAAUAAUUUUUGUUGAUCUUAUAUUACAUAUUUGAUUACAUAAUACAUUCAUAACUCAUAUUGUGACUACAAGUGAAAUGUUUUAUGCAAUUCGAGAAAGAUUAAAUGAAAAAUUACUCAAGAUUUCUCAAAUAUUGAAAGAUAUAACCAAGUAAAUCGACAUUAUAGACAUCAACUUUUUUGCUUUUAAAUAUUUUUUUUAUUUAUGGACUUUGAAAUUGAAUACUGUUCGUUAUCUCUAUAUCCUUCCAUAUACCAUAACCCUGAUACGUCUGCUGUGAAUUUAUGAAAUUAUUAAUUAAAAAACGAAUUAAUUUU